UCAUUAAGGGGCAAUGAAACAUGGCUCAGCUAUCUAGGAAAUAAUGGGGAGACGAUUGGCGUUAUUUUAUAAUUACCACAGGGCUUCUCAACAUUAGUCCCGCAGGUUGCCAUCGUAUAUUGGAUGCUGAAGUGACCAUUGUAUUUAUCGUAGAUUUUCUGCAGGGAUUCUGCAUUGUGAGAUGGUAUAUCAAACCGCCGCUUGGACCGCCUGUGGCUGUGAUCGGCGUUGAUCAGCGCUCUGUAGCUUGUUGCAGCGACGAGGGAGAGGGCGAGCGCGAGAGGGAGGGGAAAGAGGGAGGCCAGCGGAAAAGGAGGGGAGUGGAGUCUUCAGUUUCACCAUAAACAGCCAAAUGGGGAGACGGUACGAACUACAUUUUUAAGUUGUUGCAAAAAUCGUUUGAAUAUUGUAUCUAGCAAGCUAGAAUACCGACAGUCCGGGUCGGGGAAGUAGAUGGCUUAGCAAAGCUAAGCAUUCAGUCGUCGAAUAUGCAUGUGACAGAUAGUGCGACACCGGUAUGAUGCUAGCUAGUGAAUACCGUGGAUUGUGGAGGCUCAUUCGCACGGUCCCCGAAUGUGAAGACGACAAUGGAUUCGUGGUGUGUCGUUCCUCCAUGGAUAACCACCUAGAAAUUACCGGGAGCACACGUGCAUUGUAAGGUCUUAACGACGGGCCCAGAAAUUCGUUUAAGGUAACCGCUAUGUGUACGCGGCGAGGAUAGAAGCAGGCAUUAGGCUCUUUAUCGGGAACGAGCGUGGAGGGGCGUUGUGAGAAUGGCACGCUUUAGUUGAACUCAAUACUUUGGUCUUUUUGUUUCGUAUCAGGCUGCCGGCUAUUUUGUGAGCAUAUGUACAAACAAAAUAGCCACGCCACACCAAACGUGUCACUCGAGGGGGGUAGCCUUUCUGAGCUGUCUUGAGUGCUCCAUUUUAUACAGUUCCGUAGAUUUAUGCUAAGCUAACUGGCUAGCCCGGGUCAAGCUCGUGCACACUCAUGAAGGAGUACAAAGUAGUCGUUCUUGGAAGCGGCGGCGUCGGUAAGUCCGCGCUGACUGUCCAGUUUGUCACGGGCACUUUUAUCGAGAAAUACGACCCGACCAUUGAGGAUUUCUAUCGGAAAGAGAUCGAGGUGGACUCGUCGCCUUCCGUGCUGGAGAUCCUCGACACGGCAGGCACGGAACAAUUCGCCUCCAUGAGAGAUCUGUACAUCAAGAAUGGCCAAGGCUUCAUUCUGGUCUACAGUCUCGUCAACCAGCAGUCAUUUCAGGACAUCCGGCCGAUGCGGGACCAGAUCGUGCGGGUGAAGCGCUUCGAGAAGGUGCCCCUCAUCCUGGUGGGGAACAAGGUGGACCUGGAGUCUGAGCGGGAGGUGUCGGGCUCGGACGGCCGGGCGCUGGCCCAGGAGUGGGGCUGCCCCUUCAUCGAGACCUCGGCCAAGAGCAAGACCAUGGUGGACGAGCUGUUCGCCGAGAUCGUGCGGCAGAUGAACUACGCCACCCUGCCCGAGAAGCAGGAGCAGUGCUGCACUGCCUGCGUGGUGCAGUGAGGGCCGAGGCCCCACGUCUCUCAGUACCUCCAGACACGUUACUUGGCCGGACAUCCUUCACUCUCUGCUUUGAUGACUUAAGACCCUCUCCACCCCCCGCCCCCGCCCAACCCCCAACCCCGCCCCCCACACACACCUUGGAGUCCCAGCCCUUUGGCCGCUGAGCUGGGGGCCGUCUGAACAGAGGAGGGGUGGGGGGGUGGGUAGGGGGGGCAGACUCUUGAGCCCCCCCUGCCCAGCGACCCUCCUGGUUCCUGGAGUGCACACACAUCUGCUGGUUUGACCAAUAAGGAGCCCCCUGAUUGUGGGAAAGCACACCGAAGACAGAGA